CAAUUUGAUAAUUUGGAUUCAAACAUGUUUCUGACAAUUUGACAGAUUUGUCAAAUUAUUUAAGAAAACCAAAUUUUAGUGAAAGUUACUUGAUGCUUUUAAUUACUCUUUAAUUUUAUUAUCGGAGUGAUUGCAGACAAAAUAAAUGCUCGACAUAAUUUUACAAUACUUUCACCUAUUUCAUUUCUGUUUACCUUAUAAAUGAUUAUCACAAAGAACUGUUAUCAUGGAAAGUGCAUCUACUAAUAUUGAACUGGAGUGGGUUGAACAUACAAACUCAACAUGGGCUUUAAAAAAUAGUGAUAACAUAGCUAACAGGGAUCUCGUUCAGUCUAUGUAUGAUAUUCUUUUACAAAAUAAAGAAGUGAGAGUAAUUCCUACGACUGUAUCAUCUUACAGUGAUGUCCAGGUAUUACCUACUUUUCAAUAUGACCCUCCUCUACCAAAUGAUCUCAAUCAUUACAUUACUACAUUGCUUACUUCCCAGUUGCAACUUGCCAAAGACGUAUGUUCAUCCACACAGUUUUCUGUGAUUUUAAAACAAAGGCUGUUACUUUUAAAAAGAAUUUAUUAUGCCUUAUUGAUGAAAUAUCAUGAUAAAGAAAAGCCUGAUAGUGGAACUUGUGAACCUAGUACCAGCACUGCUGUAGUAGUACCUAUAGUACCAAGAGAGAUAAUUUCUGGUUCGCAAGCCUUACUAGAAGUAGGAGUCAAAACAGGAUUGAGUUUGCUGUUCUCUUUGCUUCAACAGAAUUGGCAAUUCAGUGGAAUUCUUGGAAUUCCAUCACUUUGCAAUUCUGUUUUAGAAACGGCUGUGGGCUUAAUUGAAAAACUGCCACCACUAUGUCUUUCAAAUGAUUCUCAACUUACAAAUCUUGGUACCAGCAGUUUGGACCAAGUUUGCAGUUUUCUAAAAACAGCAGUACUAAUGGAAAAUUCGGCUGAUGAUAAUGGUAAAUUACUUUCUUGCGAAAUACUGCUAGGUCUGGCGCUGCAAAGAGGAUCUUUGAGAUAUUUGUUGGAGUGGAUUGAUAUGGCAUUAGAGGCUUCUUGUAAAGAGCCUGUACUUGCUAGCAAACUAGCUAAAAAAGCAAUAUCUCAACUAGAAAGUCACAAAAGCAAAGAUAAAGUGCUCACAGACCAAGACGGCGAGGAAAUAAUAAUAUAUAAGGCUGCUUUAUGUCUCAUGGAAGUCUUAGUUACCAUGGCCAUUGACUAUGGAGGUGCUUGCUCAGCUGUGGAAUCAGAUUCCGAACUGGGAAUUUACGAAAAGAGCGAUGUUUUCGUAUGGGGAAGUAAUUCCUCUCAUCAGUUAGCCGAAGGGAAUCAAGAAAAAAUAUUGUUGCCUAUCAAAUCAAAGAUUUUUAAUCAAGUACAACAGGUUGAAGCUGGGCAGUACUGUACAUUUGCCAUUCACUGGGAUGGUUAUGUAAGCGCUUGCGGAAAAGGCAGCUACGGUCGGCUCGGCUUAGGGGAAUCCUCUAAUCAAAGUCUUCCCAAACGAAUACUCUUAGACGCAGUCGUUAAAAAACUAUCCAGCUCAAAAGGCAGCGACGGACACACCCUAGCUUUAAUGGAAAACGGGCAGGUCUACAGUUGGGGUGAUGGAGAUUAUGGAAAAUUAGGCCAUGGGAAUUGUGCCACCCAUAAGCAGCCAGAGAGGAUUGGCGGGCCGUUUUUGGGGAAAACUAUCAAGUAUAUUAACGCAGGAUAUAGACAUAGUGCAGCAAUAACUGACGAUGGCAAGCUGUUUACGUGGGGCGAAGGCGAUCACGGCAGACUGGGCCACUUAGACAAUAACGGCCGACACGUUCCUACUUUAGUUCAAGAUCUCGCCGACGUAGAGGUUGGUAUGGUGGCGUGCGGUAGCUCUCAUACCCUGGUCGUGUCUAAAGACGGAAAAACGGUUUGGUCAUUCGGAUCAGGGGAGAACGGAAAAUUGGGCCACGGGGAAAUUGCUAAAGUGUACAGACCGAAAGUUAUUGAAGCUCUUCAAGGAUUGAUUAUACAAAAAGUCUGCGCUGGGACAUCGUUUUCCAUGGCCCUCACUACUAUGGGACAGGUUUACACUUGGGGUAGCGGUCCCAUUUUGGGUAUGGGAUCGGCUGAUGCGAUAUGUCUUAGACCACUUUUGGUAGAAGAUCUGACGCCUUAUAGAAUAAUAGACAUUUCAGCAGGAGAUACUCAUUGCUUGGCGCUUAGCGAUGAACACUUAGUGUUUGCAUGGGGUACUAACAGUAUGGGACAGUGCGGGCAAGGCCAUACCUCGAGUCCCAUUACUAGGCCUCUUAAAGUUAUCGGCUUGGAGGGGGUUCCCAUAAGACAAAUCAGUGCGGGUACCUCCCACUCAAUAGCGUGGACAUCAAUACCCUCUGAAAGCCAGCACAUCACCAAGCAUAGACCGUUUUGCUUAGAUUUACACGAAAAAACGUUCGGAUUCUUGAAAGUAUUUUUAGAAAAUUAUACAGUUAGCUUUAGUUACAAGAAUCCUCCUCUACCUUUCAAAACAGCUGAAGAACACAACAGAUUCGUUCUGUUGACGUUAAAAUUGCUCAGCACGCAUUUGAAUCUCUGUAUAAACGGAAAUUUGAAUACAAGCGUGUUGAACACGCAUGCAAAAGUAUUGAGGACUGCGCUCUUUAGGUUAGUAGAUAUAGAUGCUCCUUCCGAAAUACACAACACUGCCAGGGAAGUCCUGAACAUCGGGGCUCCUCUACUCCUACCUCAGUUGAACGAAAGAGUGGAAUUUUUGCACUUGCACUUAUCUAGCGGCAACCAACUCUCUCAAGGUCAACAGAUGCUUUUAGGUAUCAUUUUAAACAGCCUGGAGGACCCUAUACACAUAGCUGCGUUGUUGGGUUACAGUAGUAUACCUGAAAAGAUUGAAGAUUUGCAGCUUACCGGAACUUUGAUGCAUACGUUAUUGAAGUCUUUUAGUAAAAAUACUGAAGAAACGCUGGACAGCAUCCUAAACUACAUGUCCAUAACGACGAAAUUCAAAUGGCAAAGUCCGGGUAAUUCGAAAAUCUACAACCUGCAGCGUUUACUCUCCUCCUUACAAAACCACAUGCUCGCGCAUUACACCAGCUCCACUAAAAAUCAGUUCAUGUACACCGAUAACGACAUAUUCGCGACUCACAUUACUUACGUCUUCAAAUUCGCCAUGAAAAUCUUGAACAGGGCCGCCAACAUUUUGAUUAUGUAUCCGUCUAGUUUGGAACUGUUGUACAACGUGUUGCUGGAAUCGGUAACGGGCGCCAUGCUGUUUAAAAUAUUAAAUUCACUGCUGCUUAUGCCUGUUUUAUAUGUGAAAAAAUUGUAUCCCGCGCUUUUGGAACUGAUGGAUCCGAUUGAUAGAUUUAAUCAAUUGUUGCCGAGAGAGCUGCUUAACAACGAAAAAGAUUCUUCAAGAAGCGAAACUCCAACUUUGGAUCAAUUGGCCGAACAAUCUUGGAUAUGGAUAGUAGAUAUGCAAAAAACUUGCUCGCUGGUAAUAGGUCAUUGUCUAGGGGGUAUGCUAGUGGGGGAACCGCCAUCAAAAGUCGAACUCCAUUGCCGGAAUUGGUUGUCAAACGAAAUAUUCUCGGCUGGUAUAACGGAAGAGACGGUCGAUCAAGCUGCUUUGACGGAACUGUCUUAUCUAGCCACCAGUAAAUACACGGAACAAAUUUUAAUAACUUUAGAAAACUUACCGUCACCAGUUGAAAGUUUGUGCAAGCUUGUUUUCGACUUGCCUUGUCAGUAUGAUGAAGCUUGCGCUUUACCACCGGACGAGCUUAGAGCGAACAACAGUUUUUUCAAUAAACUGAUGGAGGACAUCGAAGUCGAAUCCUGGGAGUUCGACGAGGACGACAAAAAGUUGUUGGACACCGUGACUAAAUGUUAUUUGAUGACCGUAUUGAGGCAGCUUGGUCUGUUGGAAAAAACGCCCAAUCAUCCGGCGGCUAAGGAGGUUUUCAAGAGCGUCUUGAAUUUGAGACAGAAAAUGAUUGGUUUGAUCUAUUGCGAGGAGUUUCAAGAGGAAUUGGCCGAAAAUCAGUCUGACAAUGAACAAGCCGAGAAUUUAAUUAAAGAAAAUUUGCUCCUGGCCGAGAACGACCAGCAAAGUUUCAAGACGUCUUGUCAAGAAAUUUUGAAGAGGUGCUUGUUUCUAUUGAUUUAUGUAAGAGGCAUUGACGCUGAUAUUUCACCAAAUUCAUCAAAUUCCGAUUCUGAAAUCGAAAUAGAAAAACCCUAUAUUGAAUUUUAUAAACCCAACAAAGAAUCUGCAUCUCUCGGAGAUCUAAGAAAAAUUUGCCAUUCGUUCCAGUGUUUCGUUUUAAAUGAACCAAUAGAAAAAGUUAGAAAUUUCAUCAACAGUGACUCAAGCGGAUGGUGUACUGAUCCCGAUGUGCUUUACAGAGCUUUGGUGCAACAAAAAAAUAGAGCUCUAGUUAGAUUUGAGAGUUUGGAUCAACUUUUGUACCAUUUGGUAACGCGAGAAACUUCCCCAACUGUUUUGAAUUGCAUUCAGCAGCAAUUGCUCGAAGGUUCUUUCGGGUUUUGUAACAUCAAGAACGAGGAUUCUUGUACGCAACUUCAUCAUUAUUUGGAAGGCAUACAGUCGGCGCCUUUGGAAGUGCAGGAAAAAAUUCGAACUGUAGUGCACGGUAUAUACCACUUUUUGACCCAAUCGCUGAAAAGACAGACGUUCAAUAAUUCUGAUAACAAGCAGCUUUUGUUGGUCACUGUAUUUUCAUUGAGUACUAGGUACCUUUCAAACGACUUACCAGUCGUAAUAAAUAACGAUCUCCUGCAACUUUUAAUGAAACUAAUCAACUUCCAAUUACUCCCUACGAAACUUCUAAACAAAUGGGAGUUGUUGAGCGUAGCCGCCCUCAGACUGACCCGAAUUUUAGCCAUGUCUUGUUGCGUCCAUUCAAAAAAAAUCGAUCUAUCCACUCUCGAGAACGUAGUCAACAUCCUGCACGAACAGUUCGUCAAAUCGAUAGAAAAUUUCGACGAGAGUUGUCAAAACGUCGCCGGCGCCAUUUGUACGAACUUUAACAAGGAUGGCGAACGGAGUUUGGGUGAUUUUUUGCUGUUUCUAAGAAUCAUCUCGUCGAGUCACGCUAUACAGAAGUUGUUGGCUUCUAAGAAGUGGAUAUUUGCUUUGCUCGCCAUUUUGGACACUUCGAAUUUGUAUAUGAGCUACGCAUCGCAGUUGAAAACGUUGCGUCCAAAAUUGUUGAUUUUGCAGCUGUUGCAGGUUAUUUUGCCAGGUCUGCAGGCUGUCCAUAUCGACGACGACCUAAGAAAACAUAUUAUCAACAAACUGUUCAAUCAAAUUAACCAUCAGGUUUGGAAUAUACCGAAAAUUGUAAACGAAGCACCAUCAGCGGUCAGUUGCGAUUUUUCAGAAAGCGAUUUUUUGGAUAACAAAUUAUUUAAAGAGGGGGAGGGCAACGUGCCUGUUCACGAUAUGGGAUUCGAUCCAGAAAAAUGUUACAAUUGUACCAUUGAAGGUAAUUUGACCCUCGUUCAUGGUACCGGUGGUCGAGGUUAUGGUUUAGCAUUACAAGCGAUAAGAUCCGGUUGUUAUCAAUGGAAAAUACUCAUAGUGAAGGAAAAUAGAGGUAAUGAAGGCACGUGUAUAGGUGUGUCUAAAUACCCCGUUAAAGAUUUCAGCCAUAGAUCCACGAACGACAUGUGGCUGUACAGGGCUUACAGUGGUAGUUUAUAUCAUAAUGGCGAAAGAGAUAUGAGUUUUCAGAGCUACACUCAAGGUGAUUACAUCACAGUAAUAUUAGACAUGGACGCGAAAACGUUAAGUUUCGGAAAAAACGGCGAAGAACCCAGAGUGGCGUUCGAAAACAUCAACGCUACGGAGCUGUAUCCUUGCGUGAUGUUCUACAGCACAAAUCCCGAUGAAAAAGUCAAAAUUACCGACAUGAAAGUUCACGGUACUCAACGUGAUUUGCUACCCGGCGAACCAAAUUUGGCGCCCUUACAUGCCGUUUUAAUAGAAUCUUAUGUGAUGCUUUUAAGAAAGUUACACAACGCAGCUACGUGGACUGAAGACGUAAAUGAAGCUUUAAUCACAAGACUGAAUAAAAUAGAAAGUUUAUUCCCGGUUAUAGAUACUCACAACAUGGAAGACGAUGUAGAAUUGACGCAGGAGAAGAUUAGCGAAUUUAAAUCUGAAAUACAAACGGACGAGUUGUGCAAUAAUGUUUGGGCGGCUCUUGUAGUAAUUGCAGGCUUGGACCGCGGUAUGAGAAUGGGUGGCAUUUGCAAACACAAAACCACCGGUAAGAAAGCAAUAGUACUUGGUAUAUUGAAGAAAGGCAUUACCACCGUCAACGUUCAAUGGGAUUCUGACGGCGGCGUAUCUGACGUGACGAUUUCUAACCUAGAAUUCGUCGAACCACCGCCGUUUUCCAUCAACAAAUUCAUCGGUUUGACGCCGCACGUUCUGCUACAAAUCGCGCGACUCAGCGGCAUAACCAACGAGAUAGCCAUGCCGAAUUUCGACCUCACUGAAGACGAACAGAUGCUGUUGCAACCUAACAGAGGUCAAAAGUAUUCAGUUCCAGAACAUUUAAGAUGCAGUUCCGAUUCCCAAAUCCACAACCAAAACCCUAACGAGCGACCCAGAACCAUGGAAUCUCUUACCAACGAGAUGGUGUCUAGCAUUAUGGGCGAAGUCAAACGUUUGAGUACAGAAAAAAUAGCCGGAUCGCAAAGCGAGUCUAAAAUCAAAGAUGGCGGCGAUGCUAAAACGGAAAACGACAAUGAUAAUUUGCAAACGAAUUUAUUGGAAAAGAGACUAUUGGAUUUGGAGGAGGAGACCCUCAAACUUGCUUAUUUGCAGUUUUCUGCACUAAAAGUUUUAGGCAUAUUCAUCACGUCUUCCUCUUUCACCGAAUUGUUUCUCGCAAAUACCAAGUCGAAGCCGGAAGACGUGGAAUGCAUGACGAGCAUCAUGCACGCCUUGGUAGAUAAAAGCAUAGACCAGUGCAAACUGAAAAACAUCAUGGGAGUGGCAGACACUGAACGCGCGCAAGCCAUCCUGCACAUGAGUUACGUCAAGUGUCGUUCUUCCGAAGAGAAGAAGAGUCUAGCUCCCAGCGCUAGUAAAAUUGAUAACUCGGUUACGAGUUUGCCGAGCUCGACGAUAUGGCCUGACAGUAGCAAUCAUUCCAGGAAAAUUGUACGGUUAAAACCGCCGAGACCGAGUAGUUUAGUACCGAAACCGCCAUCUUCGUUAAGCGUUCAUACAAGCGCUUUUCCGUAUGUUCCGUAUGGGGCGACACAUUCUACGUCUUUAAACGCAAGUCCGAAUCUAAACAACCCGGUAAGAAGUCGCCUCUUUUCCGGAUCCGAAUCGGAAGAAAACUUCUGGGGCAUCCGCCGCAUAUCAUCCAAUUCACCCCCGCCUCCGCCCAUAGCCACGCCUUUAUUAGAAAUGGGUUUCACCAUCAACCACAUCCUUAAAGCCUUGAGAGAAACGAAAUGCGCUGGCGAACUUAACGCUCAUACGGUAAACACUUUGGCUACUUGGAUGUUGGAGCAUCCUUAUCUGGAUGUCAGUGAAGACGAGGGUACGUCCAACAGGAGCAACUUGUUGAGGUCUUUGAUGGAACGCUCGCAGGAUAUACCGAGGCCGCAGAGUUUGGAGGGGUCAGAAAUUGAGUUUAUCCAAAGGAGAGGUUUCUCCAGAAGACGAGGAUCGGAUUUACGCAAUUUCUUAGAACGCGUUGAUCGGGCGUUGCACGAACGAGUUAGAGAAAGACAGCACGUCAGAGGCGAAGCCAACCCGCUCCUAAGAAACCCUUCGGUAGAAGAUUCGAGCAGCGAGAACGCCACUCCGACUUCAAAUGAAAGCGUGGACAGACAACAGCCGAACAACUCGUCAUAUGUUAGCGUGGAGAAUCCUUGCGCGAUUUGCCCUUACUGCAAGCAUUUGUCGCCGUAUUUAGACGCCCAUUUGAUAUCCUACCAUCCGGGUUGUAACACUUUGUGGGGCCAGGGCGUUUGCGGAUACUGCUCGGACGGCUACUACAUACUAUGUUACAAAUGCAAGCAGAAAUACUCGAAUUGCAGCAAAUCCGACAAUCAUAUUCAGCUGCAGGCGCCCGAUAUAAUUUUCGACGACAACGAUAUGACCGAAGCUGACAUACAGCUCGCUAAAUUCACGAUGCCCAAUUGCGAGGAUACGGAAUUAAUGAAAAACUAUUUGGGAAUGAACGAUUUGACUGUGGAGACUUUCAGUUUGGUCAGAUUCGAUCCGCUGGGGAUAAAUGCGGUACCGAAAAUGGCUAGUGAAAAAGAAGAUAAACCGGAAUCGAGAGUGCGGUCGGUUGGGGGCCAAGCAAUGACCUUGAUUUCCUCUUUCGAACGGAUACUAGCGUUAAAACAUUUGACUAUUACGACGCAUAUUUUGUUAUCCAGAACUAUUAUCCUCAACGUACUAUCGAUACUUUCGAUGAGUACCAAUUACUUCUCCUUAGUUAACUGCUUGGAAUCGAUCGGUUUAUCUGAUAUAACCAAAGUGGUGCGUCUGAUGACUUUAACAGCUAUGAACCGCGUCGAAAUAAACAACAUCAAAAAUAACCAAGACAUCCCAACGUUCCAGUUACCGAAAGGCUUUUCGCAGCUCAUCACUAAUCUAUCGAGUGCCGCAAACAGCUGUUUGAAUUAUUUGAGUGUCAGCAUAGCGGCUUUGGCGCAAAACGAAAUCAGCUCGUCGAAUUUGGUCGUCAAUAUGUGCACCAAGGAUUUGAUUAUGUUCGCGUUGGGCGUAUCAGCGUCCAAGUCAGGUUUCGCCGUUACUCAGGCUUUGGUUAAUAUUCUGUCUACGCACGGCGGAUGUUCUUUGAUGGAUCUGCCGAAGGAGGAGGCGCCGCAAAGUCCACAGCCAGAAAGCAAGGAUAUCGGUCCGCUUACGUUGGUCAACGCUUUGUCCGCGUUUAUAUUGUCGAGUAAAGUGGAUCAUAGCAGUAAGCAGUGGGCGGCUCAGCAGCUGUUUAAGUCUCUUGCAACGAAAAUCCAAAUGAUGGCCGGCUCGAACGCAGACCAAGUAAAUUUCGCGGAUCUUUCAAGCUUUAUGCCAAAACAGAACACUGUUUAUUUAGAAGCUCACGACAACAGGGUCUCGUCAUUGGCCUGGCACGAACAAAGUGGGUUGUUGGCUUCUUCAGGCUACGAUGGUACAGUCAGACUUUGGAUGGUCGAACCCAAUAAACAACCUGUCUUGGAUUCCACCCUGGUAUUCCAUAUUUCCACUGACGUGUUCGGUAGCGAACUACAAGACAGGUUAAUAGGACAUUUAAAGUGGGCCCCUACGGGAAAUUUCAUCGCAGCCGCUUUGGACAACAUCAUCAAUAUCUGGCCAUUAAAAAAAUCCGAAAACACGAAUUGUUACAGCGAUUGGUUCAUCGAAGAUCAAAAGGAAUUCAUCACGGUGAUGACGUGGCCAAAACAUAAAGGCGAAACCACGAAAGACAAAGAUUUUUUGAUCGUCGGCAAAAUAGAUGGAUCCGUUUCGAUGAUCUCAUUGACAGAGGAGAGCAAACAGGUUUCCGUACUCCAGAAUUUUACUAUGGCCAGAGCUGUAGUUCACAUCGACUGGCAUCAAGAAGACGGUCCGUUCGCCAUCGCUUAUUACGAUGGAACCAUAAAACUCGGUUGGGUCGAUAAAGAAGCCCAUUCGAUCAAUUGCAAAGCGCACGAAAACACUAUCAACGGCCUCCAAUGGGAUCCGCGCGGAAUACUUUUGGCUUCUCUAUCGGCUGACUUGACUUGUAAGGUAUGGACGGUGACAGAUGACAAAUUGGUGGCUGUGCACGUAUUAGUACAAGCGUACGAACCUAUCAGCCUUGUUUGGUCGCCUCUGGUUAGUGAAGGACCCACUCCGUUGUUAUUGGCAAUUGGUAGCAGCUAUGGUACCGUGUGCGUUUGGAAACUACCCGACGAGAAAAACCAACAAGAAAAAGUUCCCGUAUUAGUAAUAAAUGCACAAGGUCAUUCAUACAAUGGCGUCUCCACCCUUUGCAUUGACAAAACCGGUUUGUUGCUAGCCAGCGGUUGUUUAAAAGGACCCAGUGGCGUUGUCAACAUUUGGUCGCUACACGAUGGAAGCCUCGUUCAUUCAACCACAGGAAACGGCGGGGUCACUUCAAACGGAAUGUACUGGUUAAACGUCAAUAACUACCUGCUAAUAGCUUUUGCAAGAACGAAAACUAUCUGCGUGCUGAGUUACAGCGCCCAGGAUCUGAUUAAAAACCUUCCUUUAGCAGGCGUCCGAUGUACUCUCAUUAAAAAGGGCAUCAAAGGACUAAAAACGGCGCCUUUCUUCAAAGUAUUGGCCAACAUGCUGCCCAACAUGCUUCAAGAUCAAUACAACACAGAAAAAUUGACUGUUCAAACAGGAGCUCAUCUGAUGCAUUCGGUUUAUUUGAAAAGCCUGGCUUCGAUAGCGCUGCUGCUGGACUUGGACAAAAUCAUUUGCUACAAAUUGCGCCCUUUCAACGAUAAGGGCGUUUCGGAAUUCGUUCCGGAUCUGUAUUGGUUGCACACUUUCAGUUUGGCGACCAAGAUGGCCGACAGUUUGAUCAAAAGAACGGAAUUGUCUGAUGAUGUAAUCAAUUUGAGUAGGAUAUUGGAGGAAGACGUAAAACCGUCCGCUAUCCAGAACGUAUUUUGGAGUUUAAAGCAAGACGAGCAGAUCAUGCAAUGGGCGGCUCAGAGGCCACAGGAUUGGCAAUUCGGAGGUAAAUGCAAAGCUUACCUCUGGGGUUCCGAUCGGCACGGUCAACUAGCUGAAUUAGGAUACAGCGCUUCGAUUCCAGCAGCUGUUGAAUCAUUUUCUAUAGCGAGAAAGAUCGUAUGCGGACAAAACUGUACCUUUGUAAUCGAAGCCAAUGGUACGGUAUUGGCUUGCGGUGAAGGCAGCUACGGACGAUUGGGCCAAGGUAAUUCCGACGAUCUGCAUUCUUUAAGCGUCAUUUCGAGUUUGCAGGGCUUCGUCGUUGUCGAUUUGGCGACUUCGGUUGGCUCAGAUGGACAUAGUUUGGCUUUAGCUGAGAGCGGUGAGGUAUUUUCUUGGGGUGAUGGAGAUUACGGUAAAUUAGGGCAUGGUAACAGCGACCGUCAACGAAGACCGAGACAAAUCGAAGCUCUGCAGUUCGAAGAAGUAGUUCAAGUGGCUUGCGGUUUCAAACAUAGCGCGGUGGUUACUAGAGAUGGUAAAUUGUUCACUUUUGGUAAUGGAGAUUAUGGUAGGCUCGGUUUAGGUUCGACUUCGAAUAAAAAGUUUCCCGAAAAGGUGACGGCAUUGGAAGGGCAAAAAAUCGGUCAAGUCGCUUGCGGACUGAACCAUACGGCGUGCGUGUCCGUAGACGGUAUGAGCGUUUGGACGUUCGGCGAAGGGGAUUAUGGGAAAUUAGGUUUGGGACACGUCACGACGAAGUCCACGCCUCAACUGGUGGAAACGUUGUGCAACAUCGGGAUAAAGAAGGUUGGUUGCGGAACGCACUUGACGAUAUUCCUAACGGCCAGCGGAAAAAUUUACGUGUGCGGCGUCGAUCGCGUUCCAUGGCAGACGCACACUCGCGAACGAUCGGACUCUCGUCCGCAUCAAUUAACAAGUCUCGCUGAUUAUGUCAUCGACGAUUUUGCCGUCGGUACGGAACACUGCCUGUUCUUGACUUCAUGCGGUAAGGUGUUCGGUUGGGGUAUGAACACCGAAGGGCAGCUUGGAUUAUUGCACGUUUCGUUGGUCAGAGAACCAGAGAUUAUUACAGAGUUGUCGAAUAAGGGGAUCAAGCAGAUUUCUACGGGUAGAACGCACAGCGCAGCAUGGACGAGCGUGCCUCUACCGUUGAAAAAUGUAAGGUUCACAAAUUGCCUGAGUUUCGGCCUGCCCACCGAGAUACCUCCGCAAUACGAUCAUCUUCAGGGUCUCUCGAUCAAAUCCAUCCAAUCCCGUUUGAAAUUCCUGUACAAUUUCUCCGACAAGCUCUACUCUUGUUGGACCUUGAUGCCUCUGAGCGCCCAACAAAUCGACAUGCAAGUGCCGCCUUUGGAAGGCCUCAUUUCGCCUAAAUUGAGAACUCUAUUGGCGCCCAGAGUAUACACCCUACCUUUCGUUCGGUGUAUAGGAAAGACCAUGGUACAAGGAAAGAAUUACGGGCCCCAAAUAACUGUUAGAAGGAUUUCGCAAGAAGGUCGCAAAUGUAAGCCGAUCUUCGUACAAAUAGCCAAACAAGUGGUAGACAUCAUGCCGAACGAGAUGAGACUGCCAUCGAGAGCUUGGAAAGUGAAAUUAGUGGGAGAGGGCGCCGAUGAUGCGGGUGGCGUUUUCGACGAUACCAUUACGGAAAUGUGUCAAGAAAUAACAACGGGUAUCGUUCCGCUUUUAAUUCCCACCCCAAACGCCUUAAACGACGAAGGGUUCAACAGGGAUAAGUUCCUUCUCAAUCCGCAAUUGACGUCGUCGCAGAAUUUGAGUUGGUUCAAAUUUUUAGGUAUAUUAUUUGGAGUAGCUAUUAGAACAAGAAAACCCUUGGCUCUACCCAUAGCGCCCAUAAUUUGGAAACUAAUAGUGGGCGAACCGUUGACCGUGGAAGAUUUAGAGGAUACCGAUUGUAUGUACAUUCAGAGCCUAAGGAGUAUAAGGGAUAUACACCUUUCCGGCGUGACUGUAGAAUAUUUUCAUGACAUUAUACCACUGGAAUGCUUCGAAGGCAGAAGUUGUACGGGAAAGGUUGUUCCGAUCGUGCACGGUGGUCGUAACAUUCCGUUGACGUUCGAAAAUAGGGCGCAAUAUUAUGAGCAGGCUGUGAAAUAUAGAAUGCAAGAGUUCGACAUGCAGAUAGCGGCCAUCAGGGAAGGAAUGGCGGGCAUCAUACCGGUACCGCUGUUGUCUUUGGUUACCGCCGAGCAUAUGGAACAAUUGGUGUGCGGCAUGUCGCACAUAUCUAUUUCUAUUUUGAAAAAAAUUGUUAGAUACAGAGAAUUAGACGAAAGUCAUCAAUUAGUGCAAUGGCUGUGGAAUAUUUUAGAGAAUUUUACCGAUAAUGAGAGAGUUUUGUUUAUGAGAUUCGUAUCCGGGAGAUCAAGACUGCCGGCGAACCUGGCUGACUUGUCUCAGCGGUUUCAGGUUAUGAAAGUGGACAAAGCCGUGAAUGGCUUACCGACAGCGCAGACGUGCUUCUUUCAACUCCGAUUACCCCCGUACACGUCGCAGGACAUAAUGGCGGAGAAAUUAAGGUAUUCAAUUAACAAUUGCAAAUCGAUCGAUAUGGAUAAUUACAUGUUAGCUAGAAAUACGGAUCACGGGGUAGGAUCUGAUGACGAGUGGAACUGAGGAUUUUAAAUAAGGCUGAAUAUAUAGUUAAUAGAAGGAUUAAAUGUGUGGGCUUAGAAGAGGCGAAAAAAAUUGGAGGAAAUUUGGAUUGAAUGUGAUUUAUUUUUAAAUAUUGUGUAAAUCUGGAGGAAGGAGAAAAUUUCAGCAUUUAAUUAACUGUAAUUAAAUAUUAUGAAUUUGACUAAUCUAUAAAUUAAAAAAAAUAUAUUCUUUGGUUUCAAUUUCUUCCAAAAACCAGAUGUAACUUU